AGGUCAAAUUUUCCAGCUAUCUGUACAUGUCAGCUGAUAAGAAAGCCCAAGUAAAACGAGCUAUCCUAGCUGAGCUGAAUAAAGAGUUGUCUAAAAAGACAAAGACACUCUCAACAGCCAGAUCAGUUCACAAACGUCAUGUUCCUCCUCGGACACAAGAUCACCUCCUCCUACCCAGCUCUUCCUCCGUAAAGCUCAUAAACCUAAACGGGUUAAGUCAAACUUUGAUGCACAGAAACACGUUGAAAGUAUUCCUAGUAAACAGAAUGCAGCCAGCGCUAGCCGUGUUUCGAGAUCUUCUUCCUUAACAGCAGCCAGGAAACGUGUUCACAUACCACAACCUACUCCCCGGAUAGAACAUCCUCCUCCUCAAUCACCCAUUCAACCAGAUUUAUAUGGAACUAUAAGAAAAUAUGCGGAGAUAUGGAAAAAACGAACAUUUGGUGAGGAUCAACAAGCAUUCUCCAAAGCAACACUACUUUACCGGACAAAGCUUCUUCAAAGGUAUCUCUCAGAGUGGAGAAGUGAAACUUACACAAAACAAACAGAAUGGAAACUAAUCGUUAGGGCAGACUGUCAUUACAGGUUCUACUUGAAGGAGAAGUCGUGGGAAUGUUGGAGGAACUUUCUCACAGAAAACAGGAAUGUGUGUCAGAAGAGACAGCUUGCUGAUCAAACUUGUUCUAGAAUACUACAGAGAAGGUAUUUCAGCAGGCUGAAAAAGGCUGUUAAGAUUAGAAAGGAGGUCAAUGCUAAUAAUGUAGUUGCUCAGUCAAUGUAUCAUCGAAACUUGACAUCAAAAAUGCUCAAUCAGUGGCAUUUUGCCAUGGCUCAACGAAAUAUAGCCCACGAACAAGAGAAUAUAGCACUUCAUUUUUGGUCUCUUUCGUUACAGAGACAAUGUCUCGAACAGUGGUUUAUAUUUAAAAAUGAGCAGAUUCUUAAGAAGAAGAUGGUUAUCGUCGUUUCGAACUUCUAUGCUGGAAAGCUGGUACAACAAUCGUUCCGAACAUGGGUUGCGUACAGACAACAUCGAAAGUGCAAAGAAAUACAGCAAAGAAAAGCCGAAAAACUCUUAAAAUCGAAAAUGCAGCACAAAUUCUUUUACCAGUGGAGUGAUCACGCUGCCAUUUCAGCUAAAACUAAACGACUUGAGGGGGAGAUACAGAUGAUUUGGUACAAAGCCAAGUGCAGACGAGCGUUAGUACAUUGGAAACAAUUCUGUGAAGUUCAGAAUUAUAACAGAGAACUUAUUAAAAUAGCAGAGGAACAUGCUCGUAAGAAGCUUCUACAGAGGGUCUUGAAUAAGAUAAGGCUGUAUACAGAACAUCAGAAACAAACCCUUGUUAACAAGAAUACUGCAGAUGUUUUGAGAAGAAAAAACGUUUUAUCUGCCUGUUUUAGGAAGUGGGUCACAGAACAAGAUCAAGUAGAAGAAGAUAAGUUGAAGUACAGAACGCUGAUGGCCAGAAAACAUUACCAACUAAAACUCCUAAACGUAGCCCUACAACAAUGGGCUGGCUACAAAGAGUACAGAUUAGACAGGAAAGAAUGUUACUCCCUCGCGGACACACACUACAAUUCCACUGUAACCCAGCACUUGUUCACUAACUGGCAUCUUCACAUUUGCUACCGUAAAAACCUCCAAGUUAAGAAAGACACUGCAGCAAUCCACUACAGCGAGCUACUCAACCACAAGUACUUCUACACGUGGUUAACUAUGUAUCACGUCUCUCAGAACCAGAGACAGGAUGAGCGCAUUGCUGUCCUACACCGUAGUCAGAUACUGCUAACUAAACAUUUCAACUUGUGGAAGCAGAGGAGUGUUGAACAUGUUGAUAGCAAGUCUAGAAAUGAAGCUGCUGUGCAGCACUAUCAGUACAAAAUUCUUAGAAGGGGGCUGAACGCUUUUGUUAGAAAUAAACACCAUGUCGUAGAUAAGGCUGUGUUUAAAAAGAGAGCUGAGGAUCACUUUAAUAGGAGACAACUUGAGAGAUGCAGCAAGGCGUGGAGCGAGUACAGCAGACUUCAGCAAGUCAAGAAAGUGAAAAAGAGGAUUGCUGACGAGCAUUACAAUAAGAUACUCGCUUCUUCUCAUAUGAAACACUGGAUUAUCCACCACAAUAUCGUGUGUAAAGCUAAGAACACAAUCCAUGAUAUCGAAUCUCAGUACAACAAGAAGCUCCUGUCAAAAGUGUUGGCUCGUUGGUCAUCUCAAAUCAAGAUACAGAGACUAGCAUCAGAUUUGAACCUGCGAGCUGAGUUGCACCACAGAGAAACACUAUCAAGGAGGGUGCUAUCAGGAUGGUUAUCUCACACUGAACAAAGAGCCAGAGACCACGUGACUAAACAAGAGCUGCUGUCAGAUGGUAAGUGUAUGUUAGAGAGGCUGAGGAAGAAACAAGCACUUGCUAAGUGGAAAGAGAGGACUGGUGCGGAGAGGAGAGACAGGGAGAUGUGUGAAGCUGCUGACUUACAUUAUGUUAGAACACUCAUGGUUAAGGUUGUUGAAGGGUUUAAACAGAAUGAAGAGUUACAGUUUAAGAAGAUGCUGCUUAGAAGGAAGCAUGAUAACUUCUCACGUGAUCACAUGACUAAGAGGAUGUUCACUCAGUGGAGAGAUGCUUACAGGGAGAGAAUGAUCGAGAAGAAUCAAACAGAGCGAGCCAUGUGGUUCUGGUGUGUGACAUUAGAGCACAAGGCAUUGCGAGCAUGGCUGAGUUAUUCUCAGUAUAGAAAGCAGAAACAGAGGACUUACCGAACUGCUCUCCAAGACAGACGACAGUAUCUCAUCCAGACAGGUUUGAGAGAGUGGAUUAACUGUGUGACAUUAGCAGAAGAGAGCCGAUCACGUGUGGCCUUGUUAGCUGUAACACAACAAACUUAUCGAGCUAACGAGCUCGCCUUGAAGUGGGGGAGACACUGGCGCAGCCUUGUUAAGAGCCGCGCACGCCGUCCAACUACAAGUGUUCUGAUAAGAAAUGAUAAGGAAAACUACCGUGAUGUUCUGAUAACAAACAUUCGGUCUGUUAAAACUAGUUUUGUAGAAACUCCUAAGUUUUAUGAAGGUUUUAAGUCGUUAAAGAACAACAGACCUGCACCUAGGAUACCCAACUUUUUAGCUCAGAACCACUUCUAAAUUAUUGUAAUAUUCAUGAAUAUCUAGACAUUUUUUGGACAUAAGUUUUAUAGGUUCCUAUCAGCAGAUUUUUAUUAUACUUCAUAGCAUGUUACUACCCGGUUAUUACAUCUUUUUAAUCAGAUAAUAUUUAUUUUGUAACAUAUGUAUCAUAUUACAUUUAUUUUAUUUUACAUUUUUAUCACUCAUGUCAGCGUCACUUAAUUCUACGUCUGGCUACUUUGAAUUUAAUACUGAU